CCCGCGGCGGGCGGACGUGUGUCGAGGCUGCGUGUGCGAGCGCGCGCGUGUCUACAAUUUGCAUAGACAACGUAAACUUUCGUGCAACUUUUCGUUCGCGGCUUAGAUUGAUCGUUUCGGCCGGACCAUGCUCCUCGUGUGAGCUGCCCCAGUGGUGUAUAGCUGCAUUCACUAUACCGGCGGAGUUUUAUAGUUUAAUACAGCGCUAGUGUUAGACUUUACGACUCUAUGUUAAGCUGUAAAUUAUUGCGCAGGUACUAAAGUUGCGUUCAGGAACUUUAAAACUGGUGUUGCUAAAGUGGUUUUAUUAUAAAGUCGGUGGUUGUGCUAAGUGGAUGAUACAGUGACUUGGAUCCAUUGCUCUCGCAAUUGAUAUUUAUCGCCGAUGGGGUUCGAUGACCUCUAGCGGGGGCUGAGCGGGCGCGAUGGAGAGACGUGACGAGGUGCGCCGCCUCGGCUGCAGCGUGGCCAAGCAGACCAUCCUCACCACGCACCCGAGCGGCCUGCAGACGCGCGUGUCCGUCGAGCUGGCCAACUUCGACUCGCUCUGCUUACACCAUCCAGCGCCGAAGAAGUCUCUAUGGGGCGAUGGAAGUCCAUUCCUUAGCCGGCGAGGGUUAUUACACCAGGCGGGCGGGGUCUCCGCGCAAGGGACGCCUGUUCUUGGUCGCAAGUCGGACGCUGUGAACGAGGGUCGUUUCUCCCAGCAAUGCACGCCGGUGAUGCGGCGCCGCGAGCUGGACAGCCCGGGGGGCUCCCCGCUGCCGGCGCGGCGGGGGGCCGCGGGGGACGGGGAGGGGGACAGUGACGUGGACAACAGUGUCAUCAGCGGCUGGCUCAAGUUCCGGGACAACAAGCGGUGGAAGUCGAGAUGGGGCGUUGUCACGAAAUUGUCACCAGCCGCAGACUGCCUCCACCUGCAACUGUACCGCGACGCCAAAGACCGCUACAAGAAGGGACAAACAAAGGCUUCCCUCUCGCUCCAACACUUCCUCGGCUUCGAGUCGGGCUUCACGCUGGACAAGGAGUCGCACACGAUGGCCGUGGUCUGCCAGGACGUGGCCGUGGUGCUCGCCUUCGAGACGCGCGAGCGCCUGAUUGCGUGGCAGGUGAAGCUGGGCGCGCAGCUGGGCGGCUCACGGCAGUUCCUGGUGCUGGUGGGGGCGGGGGCCGGGGGCGCGGGGGGCGCGGGGCGGCUGCCCCCGGGGCCGGCGCGGCUGCACGUGGCGGGCCGCCGCGUGGCGCUCACCGCCGGGGUGCCGCCGCGGCUGCUUGGCUUGUGGGAGCUCGCGCACUUGAGACGCUACGGCGUGGUGGACGGCCGGUUCUGCUUCGAGGGCGGCUCGCACUGCGGGCGCGGCGAGGGGCUGCACGUGCUGCUCACGGACCAGGCGCGGGACAUCUCCGACGCCUUCGACCAGGCCGCGCGCGGGGACCUCUGUGUGCCGCGAUCGGGGACUUCCAGGAAAAGCAACGGUAAAGGAAACAACAACCGACCUGACACUCGGCUCUCGGACUUCAACACCUUCGAGCAAUCUCUCCCUGACUCGACCGGGCUCUAUGAAGAAAAUUUCUUCGGAGAGGAUUGCGGAGGAAACUCGCCCUACUGGCCGUCGGAUGAAAGGCGAGGAUUCGAUGAGAGCGAUUACAGACACGAUUGCGCCGAAAUCGGAGCCAAGCCACCAUGGAGCGGGGCAGACCAUGUCACGUUAGAGAGAUGUACCAACUGCUUGACCAAACUAGGCGCUAUUUCCCGCUCUUCGACUGUGGCUCUCGACCCUGAAACUAAUUUCAAACCAGCUUGGACGAUGGAGGCCGGACCUGAACCAUGCAGUUCUGAAAACAGUUCCAACGAUACAGAAUAUCUGACACCGCGAGCUAUCCGCAAAAAUCUAGAGUCCUCAUGUAGUUGUAAAGAUAGACCUCCUCACAGGCCGCCAAAACCUAACCAUUUAGAACAAAAGAAGCCUCCAGCGCCAUUGCCGGCCCAGGCCUGCUCCUGCGCAAUGAAUGAAAAUACAACUGUUAUAAACAAUCCUAAAGUUGGACCCUAUGAAAAUUAUGAUGUACCCAAAACAACUCACACAGAAAUUGAUAAUGCAGAAUAUUAUGACACACCAAAGAGAUUAAAACAAUCUUUAGCGGACGAUUUGUUCCGAGUUACAAAAGCAUCGAAGCCAGGAUCUUUAGUGCUAAAGAAAAACUGUGGAUGUAUCCUUAAAUUUGGCUCCAAGAAGCCAGUGAUAGUAGAGUGUGAUGAAAGUUUACAACCAGUCGAAUGUCCAUGUCAAAAGGUCACAAACUGGGCAAAUAAUUUGAUAAGUCUUCCAUACUGUAAAAGGAGUGAUGAAGGUGAUCAUAACAAAGUCACUGCAGAAAUACAUGCGAGACAGGAAUCAGAUCAAAGCGCGUUGUAUGCUACCGUUGAUGUAACGAGAAAAACGAACAGACAAAGUGGUACGGUUUCUGAGAAGGAUACAAUACUCAGUAUAGCUCCAGAUGAUACAGCGUUUAUGAAUUAUGAAAACGUUGAACCUGCUGCACCUAAAGAGUUUGAAGGGCCUUACGCUAACUACGAAAAUUUGGAAUUCGCAAUGUCGUUGGAAUAUUAUGAAAAUGCGAAAGAUCUUCUGAAGAAAGCUGGAGUCACUCAAACUGAACUAGAUGCUUUGAGUGUCAACUCUAGUAAAGUCACUACGAGUCAACCCAAGAAGAAGACUUGUACAACGUGUGUACACUGUGUUGGUAAAAAGGAGGAUUUACCUGCAAAGAAAAAUAAAAGUGAUGAGUAUUUACUUAUGGAACCUCCUGCUGAAAUGGCCCAGAAAUGCCAAACUAUUGCACCAAACCCCGGUUACACCCCUAUGUCUCCGAAUCCGAAUUGGUCCCAGAGUCUUAGAAAUCCAAUGCAUAAAGUGCAAAAUAUAGAAAUAGAAAAAUCAGUAAGUAAUCCUGUACUGAACGGAAGCGCUAUCAAAGCUGCCACAUUUGGAGCAAACUCAACAAUGAGCAAUUUGAGAGAUGCUUUGCAGAAAAGAUCCAGUUCUGUUGACUCUGCGCGACUAUUAGAAGACCUCAAAGAGUUUGAUAGCAGCAUUGGAAGCCAUGCAACAUCUUCAUCUCUUGAAACUUUGAGGAAUAUGGCUAUCGACACCAGAAUAUCAUCUUCCCCAUGUCAAGACGACGGUCACUGCAAUCAUGAAUGUUGCAAAUCUUCUGGAUCUGAUGCUAAAACUUCAGAAACAGAUUCAUCUAAAGAAAUACCACAUCUAAGAAACAAGCUCAUAGACAGCGCAGAAAUCAAAAGAUCAUCAAGUGUCCCUUGCAAAUCCGGUGGAAACAGAGACUCGUCAAGUUCCAAUGACUCAGGAGUGUCAAGUUGUUCAAUGAAGCACGGAGUCCCAGAGUUUGCGGACUACGAGACGCCGAUGACGUCGGGCCACUCGCGGCAACACUACAUGAUGCACAGGAAGAUGAGGGGUCACCUGUCCGGCUGUUUGCAUUCUUCCUUGCCGAGGAAGUCAAAGUCAUCAGAUCCGUUACGGGACUUAUCAAUGCAAAUACAUAGAAGCAGUAUUUCUGCAAAGUCAUCGUCGGCCGAAGCUGAAGUUCCGGUGCUGCCACCGAAGCAGAUAAAAGGAGUGGUGGACACGCACAGCACGUCGAGCGGCACGUCGGACAUGUCGGACUACAUCGAGACGCUGUCGAUGUCGUCGUCGCAUUCAUCAUCCGACACGCCCAUGAAUAUGCGGAUGGCCCGUCAGCCGACCAGCACGCUGCGGCCGCGGUCCGGGAAGGAGUACCACAACCUGGACCCCAUCCUCACCUCCAUGUACAAGCACGGACAGGACCUCGCCAACUACACCAACCUACCCUAGCCACCCUCUAGCUACCCUGUAUACACUCACGAGCUAUGAAAAAGUUCCACUUACUAAAUGACGCCACCAACCAACCCCAA